AUGACAGGUAAUACCGAUCGCUCAACCUACACCUGGGGCAACAGCAUCUGGAACUCAAAGCCAGUCGGCUCUGGCUUUGGCCCUACACCCCGAGAUAACUCGCGGCCCAGAGACGGCAAUGCCCUUCUUGGCGCGACCGCCGAUAUCGCCGAGGGCAAAACAGGCUCCGGUUCUCUUGUAUCUUCCUCAGAAUCCGAGUGGAGACAGAGUCGCCAGUCGCAGGUCUGGGGAGACAAUUCCCACAUCAGGAGCUCUGGCGUAUCACCCGCACGGAAGCGUUCCGUUGCACAAAACCAGAACGCACCCCAGUUUGGCGACAGCCCAUCCUCGCUCUUCUCCGUCUCGCGAACUGCCUCCGUGAACCACGGGCAAGGCGCAAGAGCCCUGAAGCCACUUCUCGAUCCUACCUCGACCAACUUCACUUCGCGCAACGUCGACUCGCUAAGCAACAGUUUCUCCAACUUUGGGUUUGGACAGGCCGAACUUAGCCCGCAACGAUCCGAUCCUGCCGUCUCCUCGUGGCCGGACGCAGCUGUUCACUCGCCCAUCGACGAUCGACGUAGUGUAACAGGAUCAGACCACUAUGGCACAACCAGUGGCGCUCCCUCGCGCAGCGGCAGCCUGCCGCCCUCAAGACAUGGUGCUGAAGGCGGUCAGUAUAACCCUUAUGCUGACUCCUUUGCUCGAUAUGCCCAGCCAGGCACGCGUCAGAACUCUUCCUUGUCCCACGCCAAUCCUCGCCCCUUCCAGGAACGCAAUGGCUCAAUGCACAGCGAGUCGCUGCACCUCUCGCAAGCCCAAAUGAAACUUGAACAUGAGCAAGAGCCCCGUCUUGGCGCGCACAGAUCUUCAUUCAGUAUCAACGCUUUUACGCCAGCCUUCACACCUGCAAGUCAAGGGAUGAGCGACCCGAGCGACCCCUAUCAAGAUGCACAACUGCCCGUUCAGCCUGAGGCACAAGGCAUCCGUAGCUCAGGGACAUACACACCUGACAGCUGCACCAACGGCCAGGUCAGCGACCCUAACGUACAGUUCCGAUCAGUCAACUACGACGCCCGCAGUGCGCCAAACGGCAACACCGCGAUUCGACAAAGCCCAUUCUAUUCGCAUGCUCACACUCCCCCUGUACAUGAUUACCUCAACCCUACCUACCGCGGCGAACAAGGGCUCAACCAUCCAAACAAUAUCGCACUUGUGCAGAACAAACUGGCCGGGUAUCAGAUCCAACUGGAACGGCGCAACGUUGCAGCCCCUCAGUACUACCAACAGUACCAGCACAUGCUGCCAAUGAAUCAACUGCGCAACCCUCAAGCCUACCAGUAUGCCAUGCCGAACGGUAUUCCCAUGACUGCACUGCCACCACAUAUGACUAUGGUCCAGAUGGCACCCAUGAUGCCCGUUCUCGAAGCUCCUCGGGGUCCUCGGAUGCAGCAGGCCGCAGACAACAUCGGUGCAAUGAGUCUCGUACUCGACUCUUUCAAGAAGGAGAGCAAGCAAAACAAACGUUGGGAGCUCACCGAUAUCUACGAGAACGUCGUCGAGUUUGCUGGAGACCAGCACGGAUCUCGCUUCAUUCAGCAGAAAUUAGAGACUGCCAACAGCGAGGUCAAAGACCGCGUCUUCCGAGAGCUGGAGAAGAACGCGCUACAGUUGAUGCAAGACGUUUUCGGAAACUAUGUGAUUCAGAAGUUUUUCGAACAUGGUGAUCAAAUCCAGAAACGAGUCCUGGCUGGAAAGAUGAAAGGCCACGUAUUUGCACUGUCAAACCAGAUGUACGCUUGUCGAGUUGUGCAGAAAGCGCUAGAGCAUGUACUCGUGGACCAGCAAGCUGCCAUGGUCAAGGAGCUUGAAAAGGACGUUCUCAAGACUGUGAAAGACCAGAACGGCAACCAUGUCAUUCAGAGAGUCGUCGAGCGAGUGCCGAUUGAGUACAUCCAGCCUAUCGUUGACUCUUUCAGAGGCCAAAUCGACGGUCUUUCGACCAACUCCUAUGGCUGCCGCGUCAUACAGCGACUGGUUGAAAAGAUUCCGGAGCCCCAACGCAGGUUCAUACUCACUGAGUUACAUGCAGCCGGUCCCAAGCUCAUCACCGACUCGUACGGCAACUACGUGGUCCAGCAUGUCAUCGAGCAUGGGCUGGACGAAGACCGCGGGAAGAUGAUUACACUGAUCAGGAAUCAAUUCCUCAUGUUCAGCAAACACAAGUUUGCUAGCAACGUUGUUGAGCGCUGCCUGAUCUGCGGAACCGAUGCGGAGCGUCGCGAGCUCGUAUCGACCGUCAUCACAAAGAACGAGCGAGGUGAAAACAGUCUGCUGAGCCUACUCAAGGACGGGUAUGGCAACUACGUCAUCCAGAAGAUGCUCGAGACACUUGGCCGCCCCGAUUAUGAAACCUUCGUCGAGGCACUCAAGCCUGAACUAGAAAAGGCGAAGAAGAUCAUCUCUGGCAAGCAGAUCCUCUCGGUCGAAAAGAAGAUGUACCGAUUUGAUCGUGCUGACUCUCCCACCGAGACACGUGACGACCUGCCACCCACACCAGGCUUUUCGAGCUCGGCACAGUCAUCGCAGAGCAGCACACUCUUCUCCAACUCCGCGUCUAUCACUGACGAACCUGUACAUUCGGCAAGACUGACCUCGAAAGCUUUAUCCUCGGUUUCUGAAGGCGUAAAGCUCGAGGAAGCCACCUCAUGA